AUGGGCACUCGCGGAUACAGAAUCAUCAAAUUCAAAGGUCGUUUCUGGAUCUUCUACAAUAAUUAUGACAGCUAUCCUGAUGGUCUUGGAAAGUCACUGGUGAAUGGUAUCCCAGUGGAUCCUGAAGAGUAUCAGAAGUGGCUCCAGUCUCAGCGCGACUUCUUCGCCAAAUGGGACUCGCUACUACAGAAACUCUUGAUCAUCCAGCCUGAGGAUAUGCACAAGCUCCGCGAAAAUGAGCCUUACAGGCCUAUCUUCCACGCUGCAUUUGAUGACAGUUUACCGCAAGAUGCCCCACCCUUUUAUGCAUCGGGGUUCGCUGACGGCUACAUCGAAUGGACCUACACCAUCGACCUCGACCGAGAAGUCUUCUCUGUUGAUAGCGGUGCCCACUUCCGCCUGAAACAUAUCCCCCGAAAUGAUGAGUGGAUUAAGGCGCUCUUUCUUGACACCGAGGGCAAUCGAUUUUUGCUACCGCAACUUCUUCCUGCAGAUUCAAUCGCUACUUUGUCGUUAGACCCGCCAAGCUUUACAGUCUCCACAGAAUAUGAGACGUUGCAGACGAGACUAGUCAGACCCAAGAGCCUUGAUCACAUCCCGCGCUCCUGCCUCACCGGACCUCGACUUCGGUGGAUGUUGUUCGACUUCUUCCAACAAUCACAGCAACGAGAUCUUUGUGUCACUUUACUUGGCUGGCAAGCCCAAGAUUUGCCGUUCCGUGAGCUUGCGUUUUUUAUCCUCUGCCUUGCUGCUGGUGGCGAAAAUCUUGCUCUAGUGGAUCAACGCCACGCCCAAAAGCCGUAUGGCGAGGGUUUGUACCUCGGAAUGAUAACAGGCAACGAGUCUGAGGGCGAUCCAGAGUUGGCAUCUUCGUUAGGGGUCGGGUAUCACAUGGAUGGCUUACCGGAGGGCUCCGCCCCAGAGGAAACGAAGUACUGGUUCGAGGGAGCCUUGAUCUGUCUAACACCACAGCUGGACUAUCCUGGCGUUUUUGAAAAGGCCAUCGCCAAUGCUAUAGAGUAUGGACGUGCCAACUGUACCCAAAAAUCCUUCAAUGCAGUCCUCAUAUCAAUUGAGCAUCUGGUUCUGAUCAAGUCAAGGCCAGAUGGGAGUGUUGAUCAUACGGAACUCAUGCCCCUGGUAUCUAUUAACACUAACCUUUCCAAGGACUCUCGGGCGAGAUAUGGCGAUGAAGCGCUUGACGCAUUCUAUGAUGCAAGAUUUACCAAGAAUAUCAAAAAGAUCGACGAAGAUUUCGACACAACGGAUGUUGAGCGAGUCAGGCAACAUUUAGGCCAGCAGGAUGGUAAGAGCGACUGUGGUGAAGACAGUAACGAAGACGUGAAAAGCGAGGAGCAUGGUCAUGAAGGGAAAAUCGGGGAGGGAACGAAAGAUGUUUACGUAGAAGCGAAAGGAGAGGAUAAAGAUGCGGUGAAAGAGUCUGAGGAAACGGAGGCGAGCGAAGAAGAUGCGAGAACGAGCGACGAAGGGAGCGAAAGGGAGCGAAUACGAGGUGGAGCUAAUCCAAAAGGCUCCAGUGACGAAGGCUUUGAUAAAGAAUUCCUUCGUGGCUUUGAUCCAAUUCUUCGAAGCUACAACCCUUGA